AUUUUGUGUAGACUUUGGGCGUUCAGUUAUUUCUCAGCCCGUCUGAAGUUGACGUGAGCAGGCGGGGCGGUAAAAUCAGAUUUACAGUGUCUGUAUGAGCGUAACUGAAAGUUCAUAAGAGUCUCAUAAGAGUUUACUCUGUCCUACAGAAUGGCAAACUCCUGGAACACGCGAGUUAGAGAAGAGUUCAUUAUUUAAUGGAUAAACCAGAUCAACAUGAACAACGGCACCGUUUUACGCGUGAUGGAACCGACGAUUCCUGCGAUCAUGUUCAUUUUUGGGGUCAUCAGUAACCUGAUCGCCAUCAUCGUGCUCUGCAAAUCCAGAAAGGAGCAGAAAGAAACAACUUUCUACACGUUAGUGUGCGGUCUGGCGGUGACGGAUCUCCUCGGAACGGUCCUGGCGAGUCCGGUGACCAUCGCCACUUAUGUGAAGGGCUCGUGGCCGGAUGGAGACCCGCUGUGCCAGUACUUCGGCUUCGUUCUGCUCUUCUUCUCCUUAGCAGGUCUGAGCAUCAUCUGUGCCAUGUCCAUCGAGAGAUACAUCGCCAUCAAUCACGCGUAUUUCUACAAUGAUUAUGUGGAUAAGAGACUCGCGGCUGUGACGCUCCUCGCCGUUUACGCAUCCAACAUCCUGUUCUGCGCGCUGCCGAGCGUCGGGUUCGGAGAGGUGAAGAUGCAGUACCCUCAAACCUGGUGCUUCAUCGACUGGAGGACUAAUGUCACCACGCACGCGGUGUUCUCAUACAUGUACGCCGGGUUCAGUUCGGUUCUGAUUCUGGUGACGGUCAUCUGUAACGUGCUGGUGUGUGGCGCUCUCAUCCGGAUGCACCGGCGGUUCGUCAGGCGCAUGUCGCUCGGCACUGACCCGGCGAGAGCGUCUGAUCCCGGCAGGAGCCGAAGCUUUGGAUGUCUCGCUGGUGCUGAAAUCCAGAUGGUCAUUCUUCUCAUCGCCACUUCAGCUGUCGUGCUCAUAUGCUCAAUUCCACUUGUUGUGCAGGUGUUUCUCAACCAACUUUAUAAGACUCCAGUGGAGAAGAGACUUGAUAAAAAUCCAGAUCUAUUGUCGAUCCGAUUUGCUUCAACCAACCCCAUUCUAGAUCCUUGGAUUUAUAUCCUGCUACGGAAAGCGGUGCUCUCAAAACUGAUCGAGAAUAUCAAGUGUCUUUUCUGUAAGAUCGGCUCUCGGAGACAACAGGCUCAAGGCAACUUCCGCUGUGUGGAUGGACAGCAGGCGUCCUCCAUUAUCUCCAGAGAAUCUCCUUCUGUUGUGUCUCGGGAGGUGAAAGAGGUCACCAGCACCUCACAGACUUUCCUAUAUCUGCCCGAAGCCACAGAGAGCUACCCGGACACCUGUCAAUCAAGCCGGUGUGGGUCGUGUCCAUCUGAAGGUUGUUCUGAAUCCUCCAAUCGGAACAGUUUGGACAAUGAGGUCCUAAAAUGCACAAACAUUCAGUUGUUAAACAGAGCAAACCUUCAACCUAAAGACCAGUCCUUACAAAUGACUAUAACCAAUGAGACUUUCCAAGAGAAGAGUAUUUAACAUGACUCAAGACACACAUCUUCUCAAAUAAAAUAUUCUUCCUUAUGCACUUUGAUCAAAUGUGGAAUUCGGACUAUUAAAGUGAAAUCUAAAUAGUGUGACUAUGAUUGCACUCUUUCACAUCCUAACAACUGCACAAGCUCAUGCACUCCAUAUCUUUACAGCAUUUAUUGAGAUUAUUUAUUUGAACGAAAUCAAUUAUAUCAGCCACAAAUUACAUUUCUCAAAUUAUCUUUUGGAUUAGUCCGGUCAAGUUCAUUGAACAAUAAAACUCCUCUAACUGCCAACAUACAGUAUACAUACAUGUUUGUUUUUCCAAAAGAGUUCAAAACAGUCACAUCAAGAUCAACAAAAAGCAAGCUGCACAGGAAAUAACCUAGUCCCAAUGUUGUCACAAAAACUCACUGUGUCCUGCUUCCCAAAGAGCAUGUUUUGAUGGUAACUAUAAAACGGAUAAUUCCAUUCCUGGAUGCUGAUUGGUCAAAAGCCGUGUUUUAUUUACAAUAAAGCUGUCAUCACUGAACUUAUUCAUGUUGCAUAGCAUUGUUCUGUUUACCGCUUCUAGUGGAAGGAUGGCAUAACAUUUUUACAUUUUAAUAAACAUUUGCAUCCUUUACAUUUUUAUUAUGCAGUAACCGUUUUAUAAAAGCAAUAAGGCACUCAAGGCUGUGCAAUAUUGUGAAUGAAUAUUAACAGUAUACAGUAGCACUGUUUCUUGUACUUUAUUACUUAAAUAAACAAAUGCAAUGUGCAGUUUGGUCUGUAUACUCA